AUGUCAGAGAAUCCGACGCCGGCAACAAAAGAUACAGAAGUAAGCAAUUCGACACCUGCUUCUUCUUCUUGCAACUGUUUGACGCAAUUGUUUGGAGCCUUGAAGAAGCUUAUGAUGGAUAUAUCGAGCGAAUCCAACCUCCCAAAGGCGAUUGACGAACCAGCAACAGGAUGUCGGACGCCGCUCAAUGGCAGGACCAAAGCCCAGAUUGUGGUGCUAGAUAAUCAGCAGGUGAUUAGCUCCAUUAGUGGUAUACUACAAUGUUCUUGCGAAAAGGAUGGCUACAUGCUUACAAUACUGGCUACGAUUGUGACAAAGCUUUUGAGUCGUUACGCGGAGGCAGUACCCAGAUUACUUGGAAGUGCAGAAAAGCGCAACGCCCAAUGGGGCUUCUUGGCCGCGAAGCUUGUCCAGACACAACAUAUAGAAGAUGACUGCGUUUUCUUUGAGGAUGCGGAAAGGAUGGCGGCUCAGGAGAUCCUUAACGAGCUACACCGGGUACAACGACUGGUUAACGAACUCAGUCCACGGCUGCGGACACAGGAGGAUGCCGUACACCCAGAUGACAGCCCAGAACGCCAGCUUUUACUCUCGCUGUCUUCGCAAAAUAAGGCUCUACAGCGACCGUUUUCUGCUAUCACUGUGGAAGGGAUCGGAAGAGAUAUGCGCGCAAGCCUCAGCUCUCUAUCCAGAGGAAUCAUCAGCAUCCUUCAAGAGACUUGA